AUGGCCACCUACGGAAAAGUCAGUCCGUUUGAUGAAGUAGAAGAAACGUGGACCCAAUACACCGAACGGCUGGAACAAUAUUUCCUAGCAAAUGAAGUGACAGACGCCAAAGAGCAGCGGGCAAUAUUUCUCAGCGUGUGUGGCUCGAAAACAUACGCAUUAAUUCGAGAUUUACUACAGCCAAAGAAACCGGGUGAUACGGAGAUAAAAGAAAUUUUCAAAGAGCUGGAAAAGCAUUUUAUUCCAACACCAAGCGUCAUUGUAGAGAGAUUUAAAUUCCAUGGCAGAAUUCGCAGUGUUGACGAAGGAAUUGCUAAGUAUGUGGCUGAAUUACGUCGAAUGACCAAGCAUUGCAAAUUUGGCACUUCCUUGGAUGAUAUGAUACGGGAUCGAUUAGUAUGUGGUAUCAACAACGAAAAGAUUCAAAGACGACUCUUAGCAGAACCUGAACUAACAUACAAGAAAGCAGUUGAACUUUCGUUAGCUAUGGAAUCGGCAUAA